AUGGCGCGGUUUCGGCCGUUGAUGCUGCUGCUGAGCAUCCCACGUGCCUUCGGAGUCGGGGAUGCUUGCAACAGCAGCGCGGUGACGAGCCUCCCGCCUUUCGUGGACCACAAGACAGUUCGCAAAGGUCAAGGCGAAAUGAUCUGGAGCUUCCCCCCUCCUGCAGAGGAUUUCGCCAUUGUGCUGACGCCGUCGAACAGCUCAGUGAAUCCCGACAUGAGGCUCUACAUGGCCUCAACCACGACUGCAUGCCAGCCCAUGUUGAAUUCACAGGAGCUUGGCGCAGACUACAUGCGGCUUGGCAGGAACCUGACGGAGCAUUGGAACGUUUCGGUGUACUUCCUCCACGUCACCUGCAGGGAUGAGGAAAGGUGCCGGUAUCACUUGGCCUUUUCGAAGUUUGAAGAGUGGGAGGAGAUGGCAGCUGGUGAGCAAAGGUCAGCGAUCGCCUACCAUGGAGUGCCUCUCCAUUUCAAGUUCCUAUGCACCGCGGAGUGCGCGAACGCAUCAGAAGCCAGCACUCGGCGGAUCACGUUCAGUGCAUGGCCUCGCGAUGCAUCUUCACUGAGACAUUUGUCGCUUCUGGUCCGCCGUGGCGACUAUCCGACCACAAAUGCUCACGAGCACAUCAAUGCGAGCAGAGGAUGGUUUAGUGGGGAGGUGGUCAGCACAACUGCGAAAGCAGGAACGUACUACGUGACAGUGCUGAAAAGGCACGGUCUUUCGCCGCUUCCCUUUGCGAUAUCUGUGUCUUUGCCUUCGACGAUCGAGACGCUGCAGCUGGGAAAGCCAACUUUUGGAGCUGCUCAGAAGGGCGUCCCAUCCUUCUACAAGUUCUACGUCCCUCGAGCUGAGACUGACAUUGAGGUCUACCUCACCAAGCUGGACGGAGAUCCGGACUGCGCUGUGUCUCACCAACAGGAGAACGAGCGACCGACUCUCAGCAAGUCUCAGUGGCGCUCGGCGAAGGCUGGGGAUGACGAGAUCUCGAUCCCACCGGCUGAUCCAGAACGAAAGCGGCACCAGACUGGAUGGUUUCACGUGGGAGUGCACAGCCUGUCCGAGGAUUCGACGUUCUCCAUCAUUGCUUUUGCAGAGAGCCACGUUGAGCAAGCAGCUGACACCGAGCAGGGCAAGGAUGGUUACAUGAUCCAGUGGACAGAGCUCUGGAUGGGACUUCCCCAGGCCAUGGCGGCGCAGCCAGGUAGACCUGCCAAUUUCUUGUACUACAGCCAACUGGCAGCUCCCAAGCUCUUUGUGAACAUCGAGGCGAUCGAGGGCAACAAGCCUGACGUGUGCGUGCAAAACUGCGGUGAAGAUCCGCACAGGUGUCCCUGGAUCUCGAUCUUUGCAUCGGAAACUACGCGAGCGAGUGCCCCGGACACGGCAGUAUCUUUUUGCGGAGCAGGAUCGCUGCGCGGGUAUGCUGGGGAUGAGCAGGUGACGAUCCUGAAGCCUUGCACCAAAUGCUGGUACACGGUGCUCGUGACCAGCGCGCUGAAGCGCAGCAGGUUCAAGAUACAACUGGGAGCUGAAGGAAGAGCGCACCCGCUUGUGGAAGGCGAGUCCUUCAAAGGUCAUGCAGACAGCGGUGAUGAGUGUCCCGUGCUGGCCUACGAUUUGGUCGAGUCCGAAAUCGAGAGCCGCACAGCACCGGAUGCGACCCUGCAGAUCUCCAUGACACCUAUCUACGGCGAGCCAGUCUUCGACGUGAGAAAGGACUCGGAGGAGGGGACGGUGCUCUUCAACUCGUCUGGAGCCGGCCACGAUUUGUGGGAGCUGAAGCUCAGUGCCGAGCUUGCCAAAGCUGCGGCUGGAAUCUACUACGUCCAGGUGUGUGCAGCAGGACCACAACACGCGCAAUUUCGCAUUACCGUGGCAUGGGACAAGCCUCUGCUGAGGCCCGGCAGUGCGAAGCCCGUGCCUAAGAAGCUGGGUGUUGCCAUGCUGAACGACGGAGAGGUUCAAAUGGGAAGCAUAUCUGCCAAGAAGCAUGAUGUCUACCUCUUUAUUCCAGCUUCGGUGGAGCAGUCUCCAACCAUCAGGGUCUCCGUCACGUCUGUAAGUGGAGGGUGCAAGCUGUAUGUGCUGGCUCCACGGACAGGAUCUGAGAGCAAAGCGAAAGAAGCCAUGCGCGCAUUCCUUCAAAAUCCUGCUGAAGUGGCAGAUUGGACGACGGCUGAGCAAGAUUCGUCGGAGAUCGUCAUUUCACCUUCUGAUGCAAAGUACAUUGCGCCGACUUCGUCGAAUUUGUAUGUGUUCCUGGUGUCUGCAGAGACAGACACAGAAUUUGAGAUCGCUGCUUCCACCGGAGGUGUGGAGGAGUUGCUGACGACGGGCCUGCCGCUGCGAGGGGAGGUUGCGCGAGGGGAGUAUCGCAGGUACCGGGUUUCCAUUGCGGAGGCUGGCAGACAUCUGUCCAUCCAACUCACCGCCGAGAACGGGGACUGUGACCUUUAUGUUCACAUCGUCCCAGACGUUUCAUCGGAAAGCUUCGUUUUGAGGUCGGAGAAUGUUGGUUCUGAUUCCAUCUUUGUCGAUGCCUUCAGCGAGCUCAACCAGAUGCAUUGUGGGGAGAAGAUGAUCCGAACCUAUGGUGAGUGCGUGUACUUCGUUGCCAUCAAAGGGAUCUCUCCACAAUCGGCUUACCAGCUUCAAGCCAUCGUUCCUGCAGCUCUGCCGCUGCCGUUGACGAUGUCCACCAGCAGAGCAGUUACCCUGCCACCAGGUGGCAUCCAGUAUUUCUACACGCUCGCGGAGCGCACAAGGUCGACUCUGAUUGAGGUAGAAGUGCAGAGUGGAGCCUUGAACCAAGUGGCAAUGAAGGUGAUGCCCCUGGCAGAAGCCAAGCAUCCAAACGCCUCCAAACUUGGUGAGGUUGACAUGACCGGCACCUUCUUUGCAGGGGUGUGGAGCUUGAUGCUCGAGCCGACCAGGUUGUCUGAGAAGUGUACCAUGGACUGCACAAUUCUGGUCGUUCUGAAGGGCGAGGAGGUGCUCACAACAUGUGCCAUCUCCUAUCAACCCAGGCAGACUUCAGAAGCGUCCGUGAAAAGCUGUCGGCUUCUGGAGGCAGGGGUACCAUCACGUGGCGUCCUUGCAGCCAAAGCGGAAAAGGUGUGCUACAAUUUAAGGAUCCCGGAUGACAGUGACGUUGCCAUCACAGUCAGCCCGUUAACGGACUGCCGACCCACCGUGGAGGUUACUCAGAUGUCCGGCGCAACGAAGAUGCUCCCCGCAGAUGCGCAUUUGGGGUUCGUUUCGAGCAUCCUCCGGCACGAAGACGGCGAAGUGCAGAAGGGCUUGCUAUCCAUUGAGGUGUCUUCGGGAGCAGCUUGUCAGUUCGAUGUCCGAGCACAGAUGACCGUUGGGAAGGCAGGUCAGGUAUCAGCAGGUCUCCUUUUCGAAACGAAGCAGGUGUUGAGGCUUGAUGUGCCCGCUUUCUUCACCACUUCGCGCAAUGCAGGUGCUCAUUCCUUCACCUACACCUCCCAGAUACAGACGCCCAAAGAGACGGCGUCACGAGAGUUUCUGCAGGUCGAAGUGAUGGCACUAUCCGGGGAGAUAUCGGUUCGCUGCGCAUGCCGUGCUGUCCCCGCUGCAACUGCACACGGGUCUCAGAAGACAUUCGUAUCAGAUGCCUUGAAGGCCCUGCAUCAGGCGGAAGCUGACUUGAGCAAGGGUUCGUCCCAGAUCUACACCUGCCGCGGGAUGCGCGAGGCAUGUGGUGAGGCGUUUACCUGCUUGAUCCUUCUUGUCGUGGAAAGCAAGAUUAGAGGUUGGGAGGCCGACUAUGUAGUGAUGGCCGUGGACAGGAGGACUCGUGAGAUGUUGCUCCCCGGAGUUGCCGUAGAGCGCUGUGUGGGACAGCUAUGUGCAGGUGGCAGAUCAAGCAUCAGGUAUCAGCUGUACAUCAACAACCCGAGCACCAAAGUGAGCCUUCGUUUCUCGUGUCAAGGACGACUGCGGCAAGAGCGAUGCUCGCAGGUUCUACUGAGCGCAGAUGCAAGGACUCCAAUGCCAGCCAGUUUGGCGGACCGAGCGUACACACCUCACGAAGCUGCGGCAGCUGGGUACAUCUCCAUGGAGCUGAGAACAUCAGUCGAGCAGGAGAGGGCUCAUCCUGGUCAUUGCAGAGUCCCUUGUGCCCUCACGGUCCAAGUCGAGCUUCGGCCAGGCGAGUAUGCGGCAGUGGACUUUCAACUCGAAGCGGUCUUCGAGGAUGCUUACUCCGUAGUUCUCGACGGUGGCAAGCCUCUACACCUCGUGGCUGCACCAGGCAAACCAGAGUACUUCCUGUUCAAUACGCGCCAGCAGACGUCGAUGUCAACUUUGGCUGUUCAAGUUCCCUACGAUGCGUCUGACCCAGAGAUGGAUCUUGUGAAGAUGUUUCUCAUGGAGUGCGGCCAGGAUGGCAAGGAUUCCAGCAUCCACGAUUCUGCGAUGCCGUCUCAGCAGAGCCACAGUCAGCGCGGAGUUGUAAGUUCACGCUGGCAGCUCAUGGCAAUGGUGGCACACCGGUCCGAAAGCACAGGCUCAUGUCACGGGGUGACCGUGGCAAUCAUCUCGCACCGUACCCAGGCAGUACCGAUUGCCAUUCGUGGGUAUGGAUGGCAUCCAGGCACACCACUGAUGCUCGGCGACCCGCUGGAGGCAGUGCUUGAUGGAUCUCGCAAACUCAGCUACGAAGUCGUGCCUGACGAGAGCGUGGAGGACGUUGUGCUGGAUCUCGAAGUUUGUGCAGGCAACUUGCGGCUUCAAACCGGGAUCCGGCCGGGCAGCAAGACAAGCGGUGGGGCGGGUGGGCACGACCUGACAAGCGGUGGCAUCUCACGUUUGAAAAUGCCUCUGAAGAUGAACGAGUGGGUACAGAUAUCAUCCGCGGACGGCCGCUAUGCACGCUAUGUCCUCACGGUUCAGGAUGCUGCCGAUGUCACAUGGCUGGAUGCUGCAGACCUCCAGAGGUCCGUGCUGGUGGUAGAACGGUCUGAAGGCGUUCACGUCGACUGGCGGGCUGCGAGUCUCUUCGGUCAAGGUCACGAUGUAGAUCCGCGUGCCCGGUACGAGGUCUUCUACGGCAGGAGGGACAAGCUGUCUUCAAACAUCUCCACGGCAUGUGGGCUGUAUCUGGAGCACUCGCUUCGAAAUGCGAGGAGGAUCGUCGUCGAUGGGGCAACCGAAGCUCGUAUCGAGGACUUGCAAGCAGGCCAUUAUGUGGUGAACGUGGUUGCUAGGAGCUUGGCAACUGGCCACGUGGUCGCCUACCAGCCCUGGGUUGGUGAUCUCGGCGAUUCAGUGAGGACCACUGGGGCGGUGGCGGACCGGAAAGCAUCCUCCGGGUUCUGGCCUGACUGGCCUCUUCCAAUCUUGGUGCUCGUGGGCAGCCUGGUGGCAUGGCAGCUCUGCAAGGGCAGUGCAAACCGCUUGCCGCCGUUCAGCUUGGAGUUGCCCCCCUGGAGGAGUUCUCCACAGCACUACCAAAGCCUGGACGGCCGUGAAAUUGGUGGGCGCUACAUGCCACCGGCCAUUGUGGAAGCCUCGGAACCAGAACGAACAGAGGGAGACGGUGCGAGCGCGACAGAUCGAAAGACCAAGUUUCACCAGUGCGAUUUGUGUAGUCUUUUUUCUAGCUGA